GAUUAGUGGGGGGGGCAGAGUGCUGCUGUCUCUAGGCCUGACAUGGCCUGUCUCAUGGCCGCCUGGUCCGUCCACAACCCCACCGUCACCAACUCCAUCAUCAUGAACACCAACGGGCCCCCGGACCUCAUGUUGGACCCCCGGUCGGUGUGUGUGUGUGUGGAAAACGCGGGGGCCCAGUGGCCGGGGGGGGGUCAGCAGCCGGCGGGGGCCCCCCAAACACCGUUGCUGCAGGGGCACGUGAAGAAGGCGGACCCCCCCCUGACGGAGGCCCAGAGGUUCUCCUCGCUGCCCCGAAGACCGGCCGUCAACAUCGAGUUCAGGGACGUCUCGUACUCCGUCAGGGAGGGGCCCUGGUGGAGGAGGAAAGGUACACAACCAGGGACACGUCCUCUGUCUUACUGUCUUUGGUCUCACCGGGGCAUCAUUUGCGUCACCGGGUCCUCUGCCUCACCGGGUUGUCCUCGUCUCCCUGUCCUCGGUCUCACCGGCUUGUACUCGGUCUCCCUGUCUUUGGUCUCACUGGGUCGUCCUAUGCGUCACUGGGUCCUCGGUCUCACCAUCCUCGGUCUUGCUGUCCUAUGUCUCACCAGGUCCUGGUCUCACCGGUUCCUGGUCUUACUGUGCUCUGUCUCACUGUCCCUGGUCUCACCGGGCCCUCGGUCUUGA